AUGUUGCUGCUGCUGUUGCUGCUGCUGCUCGCUGCAGCAGCAGCAGCAGCAGCACACUGGCUGCUGCGGCGGCCAGGUCGUUUGGCGAGUCGCCCCCCGCAGCAGCAGCCGCAGCAGCAGCAGCAUGAGCGGCAGCAGCAGCAACACCAGCAGCAGCAGCAGCAACAACAAAAGAAGCAGCAGCCAGAGCUGCAGCAAAAGCAGCCUCUGCAGCAGCAGGGCUGCGAUGCCGCUUGGAGCAGCAGCAGCAGCAGCAGCAGCAGCAGCAGCAGCAAUGGCAAGGGCAGCAGCAUAAACAGCAGCAGGCUGCGUCGCCGCCGCACAUCAGAAGCAGCAGCAGCAGCAGCAGCAGCAGCAGCAGCAGCAGAAGAGGCAGGAAGCAGCAGCAAAGGGGAAGAAGACUCAUCUCACUCAGCAGCAGAGGAUACCUUCGACCCGAGUAGCAGCAGCAGCAGCAGCAGCAGCAACAGCAGCAGCAGCAGCAGCAGCAGCAGCGGAGACUUCCCUUCUGCAGCAGCAGCAGCAACAGCUGCUGCUGCUGCUGCGACGCGAGCUGCUGCAGCACGGGACGCAGCACUUGCUGCUGCAGAGGGAGCAGCAGCAGCUGCUGCUGCAGCUGAGGAGGCGGGCAUACGCAUGAGCGGCAGCAGCAGCAACACCAGCAGCAGCAGCAGCAAGAACAACAGAAGCAGCAGCCAGAGCUGCAGCAAAAGCAGCCUCUGCAGCAGCAGGGCUGCGAUGCCGCCUGGAGCAGCAGCAGCAGCAGCAGCAGCAGCAGCAGCAGCAGCAGCAGCAAAUGCGGCGCUUCUGCUGCUGCGGAGCAGCAGCAGCAGCAGCAGCAGCAGCAACACCAGCAGCAGCAGCAGCAGCGGAGACUUCCCUUCUGCUGCAGCAGCAGCAACAGCUGCUGCUGCUGCUGCGACGCGAGCUGCUGCAGCAAGGGACGCAGCACUUGCUGCUGCAGAGGGAGCAGCAGCAGCUGCUGCUGCAGCUGAGGAGGCGGGCAUAGACGCACAAGAACAGCAGCAGCAGCAGCAGCAGCAGCAGCAACCUGAACAGCAGCCUGAGCAGCAGCAGCAGCUGCCUGAGCAGCAGCAGCAGCAGCAGCAGCAGCAGCCUGAGCAACAGCAGCAGCAGCAGCAGCAGCAGCAGCAGGUAGAGUGUAGUCCAGCAGAAUGCGGCGCUUCUGCUGCUGCGGAGGCUGUGAAUGUUGUUGCAGCAGCAGCAGCAGAAGCAGUAGCAGCAGCAGCAACAGCGGAUGCAGCAGCAGCAACAGCAGAGGCAGCAGCAGCAACAGCAGCAACAGCAGCAGCAGCAGCAGCCAAUGAUGAGAAAGCUGCUGCAGAUGCCGCUGCUACUGCAGCAGAAGACAAAGAGGUUGAUGCAGCAGCAGCAGCAGCAGAAGCAGCAGCAGCAGCAGCAGAUUCAGCAGCAGCAGCAGCACCAGCAGCAGCAGCAGCAACAGCAGCAACCGAUGCACCGCAGUCUUCUGCCGCCGAGGAAGCAGCAGCAGCAACAGAAGCAGCAGCAGCAGCAGAAGAAGUAGCUGAAGCAGCAGCAGAUGCAGCAGCAGCAGCAGCAGCAACAGCAGCAACAGCAGCAACAGCAGAGGCAGCAGCAGCAACAGCAGCAACAGCAGCAACAGCAGCAGCAGCAGCAGCCAUUGAUGAGAAAGCUGCUGCCGAUGCCGCUGCUACUGCAGCGGAAGACAGAGAGGUUGAUGCAGCAGCAGCAGCCGCAGCAGCAGAAGCAGCAGCAGCAGCAGCAGAAGCAGCAGCAGCACCACCAGUGACAACUCCAGCCGAAGCAGCAGCAGCAGCAGCAGAUUCAGCAGCAGCAACAGCAGCAGCAGCAGCAACCGAGGCACCGCAGUGUUCUGCCGCCGAGGAAGCAGCAGCAGCAACAGAAGCAGCAGCAGCAGCAGAAGAAGUAGCUGAAGCAGCCCUGCAGCGGAAGCAGCAGCAGCAGCAGCAGCAGCAGAUUCUGCAGCAGCAGCAGCAGCAGCAGCAGCAGCAGCACCAAGAGCAGCAACAGCAGCAGCAGCAGCAGCAGCAGCAGCAGCAGAAGAUCCCCCUCGCUUCGAAGACAGCAGAAAGAGAAACAGAAGAAAUAGAAGUGCUGCUGGAUGCUAUAGAGGUAGAAGCAGAGCAGCUGCAGCAGCAGCAGCAGCAGCAGCAGCAGCAGGGCAACGAGCAGCAGGACGAGCAGCAGCAGCAGCAGCAAGAAGAAGAAACAUCCCAAGACCAGCAGCAGCAGCAGCAGCAGCAGCAGCAGCAGCAGCAGCAGCAGCAGCAGGAUCCAAGGGAACACCCUGCUGCUCAUCUGCUGCCAGCAGCAAAACUCCUAAAAUACAGAGAGCUGCUGCAGCAGCUGCAGCAGCACGACGAGAUGCAUGCAGUUAUCAAGAGCAACAGGGCUCUGUGUCACCUGCACUACAAAGAGUUUGAGGCGGCUGUGGCGGAUGCCUCGGACGCUAUCCGCGUAAACCCUAAAUAUGCAAAGGGUUAUCUCCGCCGCUUCCGCGGCUACGAGGGGCAGCAGAAGUGGCACGAAGCCCUCAGUGACUUAAACAAAGCCAUUGAGCUAGACCCUACACUCGCGUAA